AGGAGAGGAAGGGGGGAGGGGGAAAAGGGAGGGGAGAGGAAAAGUCACUGCAUAAUGUAAAUAAACACGCGCUCUCACCCCACCACCACCACCACCCCCCUCGCCCCGUCAACCCUAUGCACCCCGGCCUUUGCAGCCCCAGCGAGACUCCAACCCCAGGCCAUGAACGCGAGCGGCGGGGGCGAGGGCUUCCCCGGCUCAGUCCAGUUUCCUGGUGGCACUACGGUCUUAGUGGAGCUAACCCCAGAUAUCCACAUCUGUGGCAUUUGCAAGCAACAAUUUAAUAACCUGGAUGCCUUUGUAGCCCAUAAGCAAAGUGGUUGUCAGCUGACUAGCACUACCCCGGGUGCUCCCAGCACAGUUCAGUUCGUGUCAGAGGAAACGGUGCCAGCAACCCAGACUCAGACCACCACAAGAACCAUCACUUCAGAGACCCAGACCAUCACAGUUUCAGCUCCAGAAUUUGUUUUUGAACAUGGUUACCAAACCUACCUGCCCUCAGACAGCAGUGACACCCAGACUGCCACAGUCAUCUCGGUCCCUCCCAAGUCACGGUCUCGAAAGCCUGCAGCCUCACCUGCACAGAAGAAACUGAACUGUUGCUAUCCAGGUUGCCAAUUCAAGACAGCAUAUGGCAUGAAAGAUAUGGAACGUCAUUUAAGAACCCACACAGGAGACAAGCCCCACAAGUGUGAGGUCUGUAGCAAGUGCUUCAGCCGGAAAGACAAACUGAAGAUGCACAUGCGGUCACACACAGGCGUGAAGCCAUACAAGUGUAAGAGCUGUGACUAUGCUGCUGCCGACAGCAGUAGCCUGAACAAACACCAACGAAUACAUUCUAACGAGCGUCCUUUCAAAUGCCAGAUCUGUCCCUAUGCCAGCAGGAACUCCAGCCAGCUGACUGUGCACCUCCGAUCCCACACUGGGGAUGCCCCGUUCCAGUGCCAGAUGUGCAGCGCCAAGUUCAAAAUCAACUCGGACCUGAAGAGGCACCUGCGCGUGCACUCGGGGGAGAAGCCUUACAAGUGCGAGUUCUGCGAGGUCCGCUGCGCCAUGAAAGGAAACCUCAAGUCGCACAUCCGCAUCAAGCACAAUACGGAGAACACCUUCAAGUGCGCGGAGUGCGACUUCCAGUGCGGGAACAAGACCAGCCUGCGCCACCACAGCCGCACGCACCAGCCCGAGCAGCCCGAGAAGUGCCCCGAGUGCAGCUACUCGUGCGCGCACAAGGCCGCGCUCAAGGUGCACGAGCGGAUCCACUGCGAGGAGCGGCCCUUCAAGUGCGACUUCUGCAGCUUCGACACCAAGCAGCGCAGCAACCUCACCACGCACGUGAAGAAGGUCCACGGGGACAAGGUCAAGGGCAAGAAGCAGGCCCUGGAGAAGAAGGGCGUUGGGGCAGGAGGAGGGGCGGGCGGAGGAGGAGGAGGCGACCGGCCCAAAGCCGGCAGCUCGCGCCAAGUGGCCAGACUCGAUGCCAAGAAGGCUUUUCAGUGCGAUGCUUGCGAAGCGUCCUUCGUGCGGGAAGAUUCCCUCCGGAGCCACCGGAAACAACACAGUGAAUACAGUGGCAAUAAAAACGCCGAACUGGCUGUUCUGCAGCUUCAGAUGGAGCCGGGCCGUCAGGUGGGCACGCCUCUCACGGUCAAUCCCCUCCAGGUGCCCCUCCAGCCCAGCCAGAUCCCCCAGUUCAGCGAAGGAAGGGUCAAGAUCAUCGUGGGCCACCAAAUGCCGCAGACAAAUGCCAUCGUCCAGGCAACUUCGGUGAACAUAGUGCCUCCGGCUCUAGUCGGCCAAGGUCAGGAAGACCUCCCGGCCAAUAACCGGCUGCAGAUUCUGCGCCAGGUCAGUUUGAUUGCCCCGUCUCAGCCAUCUGUGUGCCAGAACGAGGCCGGGCCAAUCGGCCAGUCGGCGGUUCUGCUGACCACUCACGAUCAGACCGAAGGGGCUGCUUUGCACCAGACUCUAAUCCCUGCCCCUUCGGGCAGUAACCACGAAGGCCCGGCCAACCAGACUUUCAUCACAAGCUCGGGCAUUAGCUGCUCCGAUCUGGAAGGCCUCAAUGCUUUGAUUCAGGAAGGGGCGACAGAAGUGACUGUGGUCAGUGACGGAGGCCAAAAUAUCACCGUAUCGACCACUGCCCCUCCUAUCUUUUCCUCUUCUUCCCACCAAGAACUGCCUAAACAGACUUAUUCCAUCAUUCAGGGUGGGGCCCACCCUGCAGCUUUGCUCUGCCCUGCAGAUUCCAUACCGGAUUAACUUUUUUUAAAUGUCUUCCCUUCAAAAUAAUCUCUUUCACCUGUUUAAAACACAUCAGUGGAAUUCUGUGAAAUUUUCUCAUCAUGAUUUAAGUACUUCCAGAUUGGCUCCUUGAAAAAUAAAUUAUAAUUUUAUACUGUCAUAUAUGAUAAUUUUUUUCACAUUGUAAAAACCUUGAGAGCAGAUCAUUUCUGAAAUGCCAUGUCAUAACCACUAUACAUGAAAAUGCUUCCGAGACACCACUGAUCAGAUAAAGAAAAAUAAAGCAUUCUAAGCAAUAGUAAAUGCAAGUAUUUUUUGACUUCUUGUAUUUCCUUACCCUGAUAUGGGUACCUUAUGCCUUCAUUACCUGGAUGACAGACUUGUUCCCAGCACCUCCAAUAAAGUUCCAGUACAGGGGAGAAACUUCCCUCCUGUCUCAUGUGGCUUUUUAACACAAAAUUCAUGGUCAAAAGAAACAAACUAUUGUUUGCUUAUUUUUCUUAUGGAGCUCCUUUUCUAAAAUCUAGCCUGUCCAUGACCUCCUAAUCCUGGUUUAUAUACAUUUCUGACUUACAUAUGACCCUGACAUAUGAAAGGUUAUAUAUACAUUAAUUCAACUAAUGGUCUUCUUACCCUGACAACACCCUUUGGGAUUUUCUUUGCAUUUUACCCUCCCCCAGCUUUUGCUUGGGACAUCCCCCUACACUUUACCCGACUCUCCUUAACCCAACUUCACACCUUCAAGUAUAAAAGACUCCUGCAUUAGGCCUUUGUGUAAUUUUGUCUCACCCUAGGGUGAUAUCUACAGAGGGAAGAGAGAAGAUGGGGAAAAUCCAAGUUUGCCUAUCCCACCACCCCACAACAGCAUCUCAGCUGCCUUUUCUAUUCAGAUGCUUCAUCCCAC